AUAGUCUGCUCCCAUUUCUCCUGGUUUGUCAGUGGUGCUGAUGUGUGGGACAAAAGCCAGGAUGAAGCUUUUGCUUGUGGCAACAUUUGUUCUGCUGGUGCUUUGCUACCUGGACAAAGUGGACUCAUCUGCCUAUGACAAGAUUGUGUUUCACAGCCGCAUCAGGGCCAAGAAGCAGGGGCCCUAUGUGUGUGCCCUUCAGCAGGUAAUUGGGACAAAAAAGACGUAUUUCAGCACAUGCAGGAACUGGUACCAAAAAACCAUCUGUGGAAGGCCAACGGAACUUUUAUAUGAAUGCUGUCCUGGUUAUAUGAGGCUGGAGGGGAUGCUCGGUUGCCCUGCAGCUGUCCCGAUUGACAGCAUCUAUGGCACGCUGAGUCUGCUGAAACUGGAUAUCACACAGCAGUAUGCCCUCCGGUCCAAGAUCCGAGAGGAGAUUGAAGGAGCUGGUGUCUAUACCAUGUUUGCUCCUACUGAUGAAGCCUGGGAAAAAUUAGAUGUUACUGCUAGAAAUGCCCUUGUGAACAAUGCACGGACAGAGUUGUACAAUGCUUUGCACUACCAUAUGGUCAGCAAGCGUUUCCUUACCAAAGACCUGAAGAAUGACAUGACCCUGCAGUCGAUGUACAACAAGCAGGGACUGUAUAUCAACCACUAUUCUAAUGGAGUUGUCACAGUUAACUGUGCCAGGAUCAUUCAUGCCAACCAGGUGGCCACAAAUGGGGUUGUACAUGUUAUUGACCGUGUCAUCAGUGCAGUGGGAAACAGCAUCAGCGACGUCAUUCAAAGCAAUGAGGAACUCAGCUUAUUGAGUGAAAGUUUUAACGUGGAAUCAAGCUUAUUGGAAAAACUCAGAAAACCUGGACACUAUACUCUCUUUGCUCCAACCAACAAGGCUUUUGAACAAAUGGACGAAAGAGUUCUUCAAAGGAUCCUAAAUGACAAUACUGUGCUUCAGGCCUUUCUAAAGUAUCACCUUCUGAGUUCAGUCCAGUGCUCAGAAGCCAUCAUGGCUGGCAUUCUAUAUGAGACACUGGAGGGCAGUACAAUUGAGAUUGGCUGCAAUGGCGACAGCCUCACCAUCAAUGGCAUUAAAAUGGUACUGAAGAAGGACAUCAUUACCAGCAAUGGAGUUAUUCACCUCAUUGAUCAAGUCCUCAUACCUGACUCAGCUAAGCAGGUGAUAGAACUGGUUGGUAAUUCCCAGCGAAGGUUUAGUGGCAUGGUGUCUGAGAUGGGUUUGUCUGAAGCCAUGAAAGCUGAGACUGAGUACACACUUCUCGCCCCUCUGGACAGUGUCUUCACCAAUGAAAUAAUGGCUUUGGACCAACAUCUGCUAAGGAUUAUUCUUGAAAACCACAUUCUGAAGUUCAGGAUCACCCUGAAUGAUCUUUAUAAUGGUCAACUGUUGGAGACCAUUGGAGGGAAGCUGCUUAGAGUCUUUAUUUACCGCACGGCUGUGUGUAUUGAGAAUGCCUGCAUGAUCCGUGGCAGUAAAGAGGGAAGCAACGGUGCUCUUCAUUUAAUCCGGUCAUUAAUCCGAUUGCCAGAGAAGUCCAUGUUUGAGUUGCUGAAGGCUGAUGGCCGUUUCACAAUAUUCCUGAAGUUGAUGGAGACAGCAGAACUGACCGAGAUGCUAAAGCAAGAGGGAUCAUAUACAAUUUUUGCCCCAACUGAUGAUGCCUUCAGGGACUUAACAGAGGAUGACAUGAAACUUCUCACCAGUGACUUGAAUGUUUUGAGGACAAUCCUACUCUACCAUUUCAGCAGUGGCAUCUUCAUUAAUGGAGGAAUUGAAGGUGGAGUGACUAACCUGCUCAAGACCAUCCAGGGCAACAAUCUGCAAGUGCUUUCUGUCAAUAACUCCAUUAGUGUGAACUCAGUUACUGUAAACAGUAAUGACCUCAUGGCCUCCAAUGGAGUGAUUCACAUUGUGAAGAACUUGCUCUAUCCUGCAGAUCUGCCAGUAGGGCGUGAAGAUCUGCUUUAUGUGCUGAGGAAGCUUAUAAAGUACAUCAGGAUAAAGUUUAUUAAUGGAUACAGCUUGAAGGAGAUUCCAGUCACCUUCAUUAAGAGGUUUAUCACUACUCAUGUUAUUGAGACAGGCCCUAAAAUCCAGGUUAUUGAAACUAAGCCCAUUAUUAAGCAAGUCACCCGAAUAAUUGAAUCUGACCCAAAAGUGGACACAGAGUUUGUGGAGGGAGAUCAUGUGAUCACUGGAUACAAGCUCACUAAGAUGACUGAGACCAGUCCUGUGGUGAAGGAAAUGGUAUUUGAGGCAGAACCAAAAGUCACCACAGUUAGAAGAGUCAUUGAAGGGAAUCCAUCAGUUAAAAAGGUUACAAGGAUCAUUGGAACUGGUGGGAAAAUUGAUGCUGAAGGUGAUAUUAAGAAGCUUUUUGGUGAAGGUGGAGGAAUCACCACUGUUACCAAAGUGAUUAGGCCAGAUCCUCAUGUUAUUGAAGGACCGGACUACUCAAAGAUCACUUCUAUCCAGCACAACCCAGAUCUCAUGAAGGAGGAAUCAGGGAGAAUCACCAGAAUUAUCCAACAGGGUGGCUCUCAGAGAAGAGCAGCUUUCCGAAGAGCACCAGCAGGAAUAAGGAGACGCACAAGGCCUGCAAGACAUCCAUCCAUGCCCAAAGAGUGAGCCGAUAAUGACACCUGGCAAUCUACUUAUUCCAUCCUCUUAAAUUAAGGCCCCAGAAUUGGUAUCUAAUUUGCAUUUUAGUCUGAUGCAUUUAUUUCUCAUUCAUUAAGUAAAAGUGACAAUAUUAUAAAAGAUAAGAAUAAAUGACAAGCAUAGAGCUGAAUGGUUGUGCCUCAGGCUCUAAUGUUGGCUGAAACACACACACACACACACACACUAUGGCUUCUAUAAUUUUUAGUUAAAUUGUUCAUUUAGGUUUCUGUUAGAUAAUUUCUAUUAUACUAAGUGAUUAAACAUGACAUAAACUGGUGUCAGGGUAACUCAUGAGCAAUUUCCUUUACAUGUGAACAACACUAGUGUUUAGAGUUCAUCUGCUGAAAACGGAUGUGCUAAUAACCUUGAUUAACACAGUUCAUGUCUCCUCUACUGCAGAUAAUUCAAAUGGUGCUGGUAAUAAGAAGAGGAAUUUUAAACAAUAUUUUUUAUAUAUAUUCGAGAGUAGGUAGGGAUUGGUCAUGUAAGACAUGAGGUCUCACCUGUGCAUGGUUGCUAUUUUGUGGUACUGCAUUCCAAUUUAUGAAUGUAGGAUUUUACAUUUAAGCAAAGCGCUGCCUAUUUUCAUGUUUCGUGCAUUCUGUUCAAUUGUAUGCUGUCACAAUUGUUGCUUUUGUGUGACUUUUGAUUCAGUUCAGUCAUUUUCUUUUUCAUAUGUUGCCCUACAUAAAUAGUCUGUGUAUCAUUUAUGUGCACUGUUUAUUCUCGGUGACAUUCUUCCCUUCUGACCUUCAAUUGUACCCUACCUUCCCCCCAUCCAAAAUACCUAUUACCCCUGUUUGAUAAAUUGCUUAAUAAAACUGAAAUAUGA